AUGAAGGCAAAAGAGUGGAAAGCUAGAAGAGAUGGGAAAUGCAAGGGUGUGGGCAGCCACAGGAGUGGAAAUGGUUCCUUCGUUAGCGACGCGUGAGGAUGAGAGCGCAGCAAGGAUUUGGCGUUUCUUGCGAAAGCAGCCCCUUCUCCCGUCAGCGCGUCAAAAUUGCUUACUCAUCAAAGUAGGCUUGAAGCGAGAGAUGUCAAGCCGGUUGCUCCUUCCCCGUUGAAGCGACACGAGAGAAAGUCCCUGUAAUAUUCCUGGCAGGUUGAAACAAGUUGAAACUUCGUCCCUUAUUCGUCAUGUCAACUUCUCCUCGAGAACCACAGUUCGUCUUCCCUAAUUCGGCAAUUGAGUGAGACUGAUGAGGAGGUCAGGUUCCAUCACGCUGUCUUGAUAGAUACGACCCCUCUACCGGAUUCCGUCCCCAAGGUCGAGGAGGUGGGUGCAACAUCCGCCCCCCUCCUAUCGGCAUCAUACUUCAUCGGGGCAAGAUGCAAAGACUAUAACGAGGACUACAUGCUUUGCAAGCAUGAAGCUAAGGGAAGGGGGCCGGUUGAUUGCUUGAGGGAGGGGAGAAAGGUUACUAGAUGUGCUUCGUCCGUGUAAGUAUCAUUUAUCAGAGUCCGCCCGCACUCUGUUUAACCAAUUGGACGGUACGAUGUAGGCUUGAGGAUAUCAAUAAAUACUGUCUGAAGGAAUUCAGAGCGCAUUGGGAAUGUCUGGAUCAGGCAAACCACAAGCUUUUUUCAUGCAGGGCCGAAGAGAAGCCAUACAACAAGUGUGUCUUUGACAACUUGGUAAGUUUACUCUCCAUCUUUAUGAGCUGGAACGCCAGAAUGCUAAGCCUUCGUCCCAUAGAAACUCGAGAAAGUCAUUCCGGAUACUCCAAAGGGUGAGGUUCCUGUACAUCUCAAGGAGAGCCCGAUAUGGCGCCAUAAAUAG